AAUCCGUGGAGUAGAUGAUGGCGGCCUGAACUCUACUAGUGUACAUUUGAUCACUGACCAGCGUUCAAUCUGCGGUACUUGGUCCUUCAUUCCUUUUGCCUUUUUUCUGGUUUUUUCUAUUCCGUUUCGCAUGUCUCUAUCAGCUGCCAGCACUCGAAAACCACCAUCAAUUCCGUCAACCAGCAGUCUUGCAGCAUCAGUUCGAAGUCAUGCGCUUGUAGUACCUUCAACGACGAGAACCGUCGUCACUGCACCCCCUUGGGCCCAAGAUGAACCUCCUUCUCCCAUAGAUGAUGAUCAACUUCUUUAUGAUCAGAGACCAUCCGACCUCGCCGCUUCUCGUUCGUCAUUGGGAGGAUUAAAUGGAACUGGGUCCGAGCAGUCACCCUGGGGGACGUUCGCCCGUACUCGAGAUCCCCACGGAGAGUCAUCGGGUCGAGCGGCUGGCAAAAUAGGCGCUGCCUACAAAAAUCGACCACAGUUGUCGUUAUAUACCAAUCCCCAGGAGUGCAACGAGCCCCACUCCCAGACAGUUUCUCCUAGGGAAAAGGGAGCUGUGCAUCUUCAUCCCGAGUCCGGAGCGCACCCGUCAGCCGCCCCUUUCACUCUACCUUGUAAUAAAACACCUGGCUGGGACACGCCAUGGGAACCAACACGCGAUUUCCCUACGAAUUAUCGAGGCGAUUAUUCUCACCUGGGAGUAACGGGAGAUCAUGAGUCAGGAGACAGGUCUAGCUCUAGCAGAUCUAGGAAACAGCGCUUUAGAGCCUUCAUUCUUACGAAUUUAUAUGUGCCAUUGCUUUUCAGAUUCAUCAAUAUCACAUUCACAACUGCGGCCCUUGCGGUGGCCAUCAGGAUACGUAUCACGGAGUUGCGUGAUGGAGUCAUGGGAAUUGUAGGAAGUUCUCCAACUUUAGUGAUAAUAUUUGCACCUCUGACCCUGGUCCAUGUUAUGCUUGCGAUAUAUCUCGAAUACUUUGGUCGCCCCAUGGGUUUAUGGCGAACAUCUGCCAAACUUGCACACACCCUCCUCGAAGUUUGUUUCAUCUGUGCAUGGUCCGCGGCGUUUUCGCUCUGCUUCGAUAAUUUCUUCACAUCUCUUAUCCCCUGCGCGCCGGCAAGCAGCAUUGCUUGGUACGACGAACUCGAUCGGCCAGCAUUAACGCUUCCAAACCUUGGACGAAAUGAGGGCGGAGUGGGAGAUACGAUCUGCGACUACCAACUUGCAUUGAUUUGUCUGGUUGGGGUUGGCCUUGUCACGUAUUGCAUCAAUAUUGUCAUCAGCCUCUUCAGGAUUUUUGAGAAGGUCAAGUCGUAUGCUGGCUUUCGCCCUACAAUGCCGUUUUAGUGCACUACGUGACUCGUUCGCCCUUCUAUCCUGGAUUCUACCACAUAGGUUUCAUCAUUUUCGUUUUCCAUCUUAUGCUAUGAUGACUUUACAUAUUCCUUCAUUACAACGGACUACCAACCUAGGCGUUCCUGCGCGGUGUAUCUCUUACAUUUUUUUCUCGUCCACCUGUACAAUUAAAAUGGAUUUACUUGGUUCUGCAAGCAUCAAAGACCAGGCACUGGAUUGGUCGAUUGGAGAGUCGAAGUGGUACUAGUAGCAAUAAUCCCGUCCUCUCGGUUCGUCUCAAUAUUCACACGGCAACACAAGGGCACCCACC